AUGGGUUGUUCAAAGAAGCAUCAUCAGUCGGAGGAAGGCAAGAAAAGGGCGGUCGCCGGAAUCGCGUUUUGUGCUCCCCUGAGAUCCAUAGCUACGGAGCCCAAGGAGAGAGUGCUCGAGGCUGACGGCGGCGAAACAACCCCGACGGCGAGGGAAUCGAGAAUCCCGGAAGGGUUCCCCUGCCCGCCUGCCCCCAGGAAGCGGCGGCCGUCGUCGUGCCACCGCAACAGUAGCCGGCAGUUCUUUACUCCGCCGGACUUGGAGUCCGUGUUCAGACUCCACGUGGAGAAAGCAAUUUGA